GCAGCACACUGGGUACCUGGGUAAUCGAGGAAACUCAAGCGAUUCCUCCCCGUAGCUAACAGUAGCUAGCCGGCUAAUCUCCUGGACAACGCAGUUGUGGUUCUUUUAUUGGCCGUUUCACUGUCCAUGUCUUUUUUCCUUUAUAGUACAGCAAUUUUGUAGUACGCCGUCAGUGACAAAAGUGAGGCAGACAUCGACGGACAAGUUUAAAUACGCUGGAUGUUUGGCCACUGGUGCUUUCUUCCAGGAUGCUAGCAUAUAAGCAAGCCAGCUAGCUAGCUAGCUAGCCAACCAGCUAAAGUAGCCAAGUAGCAGCACUGGCCGGAUGCUUUGAACAGCAACGCAGCGGAUUUUGGGGAGUUUCUAGUCGGCCUUACAUGAUGUCAAACAACCGGCAACAGCAAAGCCCUGGUGGGGCAAGUUCCGUGCCCAGCACGAGUAGCAGCAGCACAGGAGGCACUGGGAACACAAACGGUAGCGUCGGGAGCAACGUCGUCACAAGUAACCUUAAUGGUAACAAUUCUGGAAAUGUUGUGCCCUCCCGGACCUUGGCAGCAGCCAGCGAGGGCGUCUUGUCGGUGCCAACGUUAGCCGCCGUACCCUCGUCCCGGGGCGGGUUUGCUUCUCUGAGCAGACCCUCUGGGUCUUCAGGCAGCAGAAAGAAGUCCCUCCAUCAAGCACCUCUUUACAACGGCCUCUUGAAUUCAUACGAAGAUAAAAGCAACGAUUUUGUGUGUCCCAUUUGCUUCGAGAUGAUAGAAGAAGCACACAUGACAAAGUGUGGGCACAGUUUUUGUUUCAAGUGUAUCCGCCAGAGUCUGGAGGACAGCAACAGGUGUCCCAAGUGUAACUAUAUUGUUGAUAAUGUGGAUCAGCUUUACCCAAACUUUCUUGUAAAUGAACUGAUCCUUAAACAGAAACAAAGGUCAGAUGAGAAGAGACUAAAACUGGAUCAUCCUAAUGGGUCAAGGUGGCAGGUGUUCCAGGACGUGUUGAGUCCUGACCAGGAGAACUUGGACCUGGCAAAUGUCAAUCUGAUGCUGGAGCUCCUUGUCCAGAAGAAGAAACAGCUGGAGGCGGAAUCCCAAGCAGCUCAGAGACAGAUCCUCAUGGAGUUCCUAAAAGAAGCCAGAAGAAACAAGAGAGAGCAACUGGAGCAACUCCAGAAAGAGCUCAGUUUUCUAGAAGAGGACAUUAAGCGUGUUGAGGAAAUGAGCGGGCUGUACUGUCCAAUGAUGGAGUUAGAGUGUACAGUGCCUAACGUUGAGGCUCCCUCACCAGCACCCAGCUGCAGUAGUAUUAUUGACCCACCAGACUACAGCCACCCUCCAGGAUUCGGUGGAACUACCCAGGGCAAAAGACAGACCUGGUACAACAGCACCCUGGCAUCAAGGAGGAAGAGGCUUACGGCUCACUUUGAAGAUCUGGAGCAGUGCUACUUCUCCAACAAAAUGUCCCGCAUCACAGAUGAAGGCAGGAACCUGAACCAGCUGGAUGAUUUUAUGGAGUGUCUGUCUAAGUUUACCCGCUACAACUCUGUGCGGCCGCUCGCCACUCUCUCCUACGCCAGUGACCUCUAUAAUGGCUCCAGUAUUGUCUCCAGUAUUGAGUUCGACCGUGACUGUGACUACUUUGCCAUCGCCGGUGUGACCAAAAAGAUCAAGGUGUUUGAGUAUGGCACAGUGAUCCAGGAUGCAGUGGACAUCCACUACCCUGUCAAUGAAAUGACUUGCAAUUCCAAAAUCAGCUGUAUCAGCUGGAGUAGCUAUCACAAAAACCUUCUGGCCAGCAGUGACUAUGAGGGUACUGUCAUUCUGUGGGAUGGAUUCACCGGCCAGAGGUCCAAAGUCUACCAGGAACAUGAAAAAAGGUGUUGGAGUGUUGACUUUAACCUGAUGGACCCCAAGCUGUUAGCCUCCGGUUCUGAUGACGCUAAAGUGAAGUUAUGGUCAACCAAUCUUGACAACUCAGUAGCCAGCAUUGAGGCCAAGGCCAAUGUCUGCUGUGUGAAAUUCAGUCCAACCUCAAGGUAUCAUCUGGCCUUUGGCUGUGCAGAUCACUGUGUCCACUAUUAUGAUCUACGCAACACUAAGCAGCCAAUCAUGGUAUUCAAAGGCCACAGGAAGGCUGUGUCUUACGCAAAGUUUGUCAACGGAGAGGAAAUUGUUUCUGCUUCGACAGACAGUCAGCUGAAGCUGUGGAAUGUAAACAAGCCUCACUGUCUGCGCUCCUUUAAGGGUCACAUCAACGAGAAGAACUUUGUAGGCCUGGCCUCCAAUGGAGACUAUGUUGCCUGUGGCAGUGAAAACAACUCCCUGUACCUAUACUACAAAGGACUUUCCAAGACGCUGUUGACAUUUAAGUUUGACACCGUUAAGAGUGUGCUGGACAAAGACAAGAAGGAGGACGACACCAAUGAGUUUGUCAGCGCCGUCUGCUGGAGAGCCAUGCCGGAUGGAGAGUCAAAUGUACUGAUCGCUGCAAACAGCCAAGGAACGAUCAAGGUCCUUGAGCUUGUCUGAAGGGCUACUAUGUCUUCAGUGUGUGUGAUAGAACUACCAUCAGCAUUUUUGUUUGGUGGAGGAUCAGUCGGAUUCAGGGAGAGCCCAGGUUGCCUGCUGAACUAGGAUACCCAACAGCACCGGGAGAGCUGAAAUAAACUGAACCCGUCGUAUUUUAAUGAGCUACAGAAGAAAGACUUUGGACCAGUAUAGCAGACGAAGAUGUGCUGUCAUUUUACAGCAAAACAAAAACCAGGAUCUAGCUUGGGUCACAAAUGGAACAAGAGACUUCAGAAAGCAUUUGGUUUCUUUUCAGUAAAGUUAUAUCUGCUACAAUAGAAUGCCUCUUUAUGGUUUUAGGUCAGAUCAAAACUUGUACCUUUUUUAAUGAAGCUGUCACUCUCAAGGGUACAUCCAGCCAAACGCUAAAAGUGUGAUGCAUUUUCCUUUUUUAAAGGCCAAAGCACAAGACGAAAUGACCUGCAAAAAUUAUGUCUUUACAUGGAGCUUUUACCCCCCCCCCCCCCCCCCCCCCCAUUGUUUGUCAACCACCUUAUUUUCCCUCUUUAUGUGUAGUUUUUGUUUUUUUCCAAUUGGGAGAAGCAUGUUUUUAAUAAAUAUGACUUGAGUUUCA